GUCAACAAAUUCAAUGAUGAUUGAAAAAAUUGAUAAAGCAAAAAUUUCAAAAACUGAAUUUAUCAUUCAACAACGUAUUAAAUAUGUGAUAAAAAAUUGUGAACAAUUAGAAGUAAUGUUAACAAAACUAUCGACAAAUAAUCCAUCCAGAACAGAUCUUUUAAAUCGUUUAAAUCAAUUAAGAUCCGAACAGAAACGUAUUUGGUCAGCAUUUAAAGCAAUACAAUUAAAACGUUUGGAAAAAGAACGUUUACAAAAAGAACAAGAAGAAUCAUUAACAAGACGAUUUAUUACGACAAAUACAUCAUCAUCAUCAUCUUCGACAACAACAGCAACAACAAAUCAACAAAAACAAUUUUCCAAUUUGAAUAAAAAUUGUGGUGAUCAAUGUUCAAAUCAUCAGCAUCUUACAUUGAAUAUUGAUAAUGAUGGUGAUAAUGAUAAUCAAAUUAAUGAUCAAUAUAGUCCAACUAGUAAAGAUAAAAUAUUAUCAUCAUCAUCAACAUUGGCAACUUCAUUAACAUUAUCAUCAUCAUCGUCUGGUUCGAAAUUAUUACGAAAUCAACGACCAUUAGUCAAACGUGUACGAACUAGAUAUUUAAAUUUUUUAACAAAUGAUUUUUUUGGUUCGAAUACAAAAUCAUUUUUACGUUUAUCAUUAUUAUCAUCAUUUUCAUCAUUUGCCGAAUGGAUUCUUUUGCUAGCAUUAUGUCUAAUAUUUAUUGGUUUAUUUUUAUUGAUUAUUUGGCAAACAUCAUUAACAACAACAUCGAUAACAACAAAUAAUCGAUUGUGAUAAUCGAUACUAUCAUCUAGUCGUCUUUCAUCAACAUCCCAUUGAUGGAUUCGAAUCGAUUUGCAAUGAAAUUUGUUUUUGUUUCCGUUUUUUAUUUGGUU